GAGCCUAAGGCGGAAGUGGUUUACGACCAGGAAGAGAAAGAGGCUCGGACCAUGGAGCUGACGGGUUCGGGGGAGGCAGGCUACUCUCAGGUUCAUGACCAAGUGGUGCCAACACGAAGUUCACCUAGAGUCAUAAUACAUGUGGAUCUGGAUUGCUUUUAUGCACAAGUAGAAAUGAUCUCAAAUCCAGAGCUAAAGGACAAGCCUUUAGGGGUUCAGCAGAAAUACUUGGUGGUUACCUGCAACUAUGAAGCUAGGAAACUUGGAGUUAAGAAACUUAUGAAUGUCAGAGAUGCAAAAGAAAAGUGUCCUCAGUUGGUGUUAGUGAAUGGAGAAGACUUGACCCGAUACAGAGAGAUGUCUUAUAAAGUCACAGAAUUAUUGGAAGAAUUCAGUCCAGUUGUUGAGAGACUUGGAUUUGAUGAAAAUUUUGUGGACCUAACAGAAAUGGUAGAGAAGAGACUACAGCAGCUUCAAAGUGAUGAACUUCCUACAAUGACUGUGUCGGGUCAUGUAUACAAUAAUCAGUAUAUAAACCUACAUGACAUAUUACACAUCAGACUGCUUAUUGGAUCUCAUAUUGCAGCUGAGAUGCGAGAAGCCAUGUACAAUCAGUUGGGACUCACUGGCUGUGCUGGAGUAGCAUCUAAUAAACUAUUGGCAAAAUUAGUUUCUGGCAUCUUUAAACCAAAUCAGCAAACAGUUUUAUUACCUGAAAGUUGUCAAGAUCUCAUUCAUAGUUUGAACCACAUAAAGGAAAUGCCUGGUAUCGGCUAUAAAACUGCUAAGCGGCUCGAAGCUCUGGGCAUCCACAGUGUGCGUGAUCUCCAAACAUUUUCAUCCAAAAUAUUGGAAAAGGAACUAGGAAUUUCAGUUGCUCAACGUAUCCAGAAACUCAGUUUUGGAGAGGACAACUCUCCUGUGAUACCCUCUGGACCAGUUCAGUCUUUUAGUGAAGAAGAUUCAUUUAAAAAGUGUUCAUCAGAAGUCGAAGUUAAAAAAAAGAUUGAAGAACUACUUGCUAGUCUUUUGAACAGAGUAUGCCAAGAUGGAAGGAAGCCUCAUACAGUAAGAUUAAUAAUCCGUCGGUAUUCAUCUGAGAAGCACUAUAGUCGUGAGAGUCGGCAAUGCCCUAUUCCAUCUCAUGUAAUUCAGAAGUUAGGGACAGGAAAUUGUGAUGUGAUGACCCCUAUGGUUGAUAUACUUAUGAAACUCUUUCGAAAUAUGGUGAACGUGAAGAUGCCAUUUCAUCUUACCCUUCUAAGUGUGUGUUUUUGCAACCUUAAAGCACUACAUACUGUUAAGAAAGGGCCAAUGGAUUAUUAUUUAUCACCGUCACUAUCAGCAAUUUCACAUUCUGAGCAGCACAGUUCUGAAAUGAAAGACACUUCUAUGGAAGAUUUUUCCAAAGACAAAGACACAAACUGGAAUUUUCUACCAAGUGGAAGAUUUGAAAGUACAAGAACUGUAAAGUCUCCAUUGGACACUACAAGUUUCUCUAAGGAAAAAGACAUUAAUGAGUUCCCACUGUAUUCACUUCCUGAGGGUGUUGACCAAGAAGUCUUCAAGCAACUUCCAGUAGAUAUUCAAGAAGAAAUCCUUUCUGGAAAAUCUAGAGAAAAAUUUCAAGGGAAGGGAAGUUUUAGUUGUCCAUCACACUCCUCUAGAGGAAUAUUAUCUUUCUUUUCUCCAAAACGAAUGCAAAAUACUCCCUUAAAUUCUAGAGAUAAUUUUUCCAGUAGCAAACAGGAAUCCUCUGUAUCUCCUUGUGAACCAGGAACAUCAAGUUUAAAUAGCAGUAGUUCCUCUUAUUUGUCUAGCCAAAAGGAUUAUUUAUGUUGUUUUGAUAAUAGAUUAAAAGAUGAGCAAAAGAGUCAAGAGCCUAAAGGAUCUCAAGGACUUAACUUCUCAAAUACAAACCCUGCUGUAUCUGUUUCCCAUUCUUUUCCACAUUUGCAGAAUGAGAAGCUUUUCUCCAAAAACUGCACCACAGAUAGCUAUAAGAUAACAAUAGCAACAGCCUCUCAUCAUGAAGGACUUAGAGAAAAUAGAGAGCAAGAUUUUAAUCAUGAGAAAAUUACUUUUCCUUCUGACAUAGAUCCACAGGUUUUCUAUGAACUACCAGAAGAUGUACAAAAAGAACUGAUGGCUGAGUGGAAGAGAACAGGAUCCUGCAUUGUACAUAAAUAAGCAUGUUCACAAAAAGUCUGAAAAGCAAGAGAAGUACCCUUGUUUUCACAUUAGAAGUUUAUUAAGCUCUUCUAAACUAAACACUAGUAGUUACUCAAUAAUACAGAAAUUCAGUGUAAGUUGUUGCAGAUAAAUCAAGAAUGGUUAUGGAAUCAAGAAUGGUUAUGGUAUGUAAAUUCUGGCACAAUGCAUAAAAAUAUAACAGGAAUUAUGUAAAAUAUUAUCUUUCUCAUAUUUAUAAACCUAUUUUAUAUUGCUUUUCAAUAAAAAAAAAUCAUGGUCAGCAUCUAGUACAUUUUCCAUAAAUUGGGAGGGAGAUAUAUAUAUAUUCCUGCCAAUAAAAAUAGAUUCUAAUGAACAGGUUUUUUCCUGUGAAAUAUGGAAUGUCUCAAGACAUGUAUCCUACUAGGAAAUAUUACUGCCAAAUAGGAAAGCCUACUACCAAUCAUCCUAUUAAAAAUGUAGAUACCUUUGAUUAAAGUACUACAUACUAUUUAGUUAUUUGACUUUUAAAAUACCAAAGCAAUACGUACUCAGUGAAUGCCUCUUGGAAUACCUGUGUGCCCAGCUAAAAGAGGGCAUUCAGUAAAAACAUUGAAUUAAUGAAUUGUAUAGCCAGGACUAGGGUGAAGAUUUGGGGAUGGGAGGAAUGUACUGGCUCAUUGGAAAAGUCAUGAUGUAUUUUUCUGUUUUUCUAUCCAAAAAUGUGUCAUGACUUUUCUGACAACCCAAUAUAUGUUGUAAAGAACACUUAUAGAAGGAACUCUUCAUAUAAAUAAGUUAAGAGGAAGAUGGAAACUAGAAAUGCAAGGUCAUGAGCCUGUAUGAAUGAUAGGUAAUAGAAGGCCAUUUCUGAUAUUUAUACAUCUUCCCCAUGUGGGAAUGAGAUUAAGGAUGUCAUACAUAAGUGCACGUCAUUAUUAAAUCAAUUGGUAUUCUCUUGCUCCCUUGUUAUUUCCUUCCCCUUUUGCCUGUCAUAUAAGAAUUGAGGGCAUUGGGGCUGGCAGGUGGUGUGAUGGUGAAGCGCUGGACUCCCAUGUGGCCAGCCACAGUUCA